ACGCAGUGCUCUGGAUUCUAGCCUCCGGGUUCCUUGCCAAACAUGCAUGUCACACUUGUGUCGAUAUCCUUGGUGAUUUUUUUAGCCUCCAGUCAUGCAUACAAAAAAAAUACUUUGCCAGAUAUUGAAAAUGAAGAUUUUAUCAAAGACUGUGUUCGAAUGCAUAACAAGUUCCGAUCAGAGGUGAAUCCAAUAGCCAGUGAUAUGCUGUACAUGACUUGGGAUCCAACUUUAGCCCAAAUUGCAAAAACAUGGGCAAAAAAAUGUCACUUCAAGCAUAAUCCACAAUUAUCCAAGAAGUUACACCAAAAUUUCACUUCACUGGGAGAAAACAUCUGGACUGGGUCUUUGUCAUUGUUUUCUGUGUCAUCAGCCAUCACAUCCUGGUACAAUGAAGUUAAAGACUAUAACUUCAAGGGUAACAAAUGCAGCCAUGUCUGUGGUCAUUACACUCAGCUUGUUUGGGCAAACACUUACAAAGUUGGCUGUGCAGUAGAGUUCUGUCAGAGAGUUUCUGGCUUUGAGAGCCUUUCCAAUGGAGCCCAUUUUAUAUGUGACUACGGACCAGCGGGAAAUUACCCAACUAGGCCAUAUACAAAAGGAUCUCCUUGCAGUGCCUGUCGUAAAGAUGACGUGUGUUUGGACAAUCUCUGUGCUAAUCCAGAGAGAGACCAUGUCAAAGGUUACAACUCUGUUGUGUUUCCAGAUUGGCCACUUUAUUCACGUAAUAGAUCUUUAUCUCUCUUUCUCAUUGUUAGUCCACCUAUUCUAUUAUUGACUGCCAUAAUUGCCAUUUUUAUCAGACAUAAAUAUCCUUGCUAAGUACUUUUGUACUGAUAUUUCAAAAAAAAAAAAAGGUGACUUGUAUGUGGUUCUUUUUUUUUUAACAAUGGGUUGCAUUUCUAACUAAAACAUAUCAGGAAAAAAAUGUUGUAAACCCUUAGUCAAAAGAACAAACUGUUAACAGGGUAAUACCCAGGGAAAAGGAGGUUCCAGGUUCCCUGUCCCACCAUAAAAAAGAUAGCACUUGGCAGAAAGACAACUAGAAGACUGAGAGAAGGCCUGAGAAAGGAGAGAAAACCUGGCUUAGAGAGAAGCAGAAGAAAAAAGGAGGGGGGGGCACACGGAGCAAAAAGACAUGUGAAGCUGCCUUUGUUCCUCGACCUUGGACUAUGCCAGAACUUGGCUAUCUUGGGUGAAGGACCUGUGGGGAGCCUAACAAUAGCAGCCUUUUAUCUUGAUUAGAUUUUGAUUUUGCUCUUUCCCUUCCAGAGUUGUCUGGUCCCUUCUGCCCUUCCUAUGGGUCCCCACCAGAAGGUGCUUUAACUUGUGGUAAGCUCCUAGGCCUCAGUGGCCCUGCUUUGGGCCAAUCCUGUUGGGCUGAGCAGUGACCCACAAGGGGACGGGUAACUUUGGGUGUUUUAUGUUAAAACUAUUCUCUUAUUGCACACUAAUUAUUUUCUAUUGAAGGU